GUGCCUUCUGAGGGCUCGACUAAACCCUGUCUGCCCGACGCUCCAAGUUCAAACUCAGUGUCUGCGCUCCGGAUAUGCUGUAAACAUUGCCACUGACCUCAAAACUGUGACUCAGUGAUGGGCAUGAGCACAGGAGCUUCGUGGGCGGCCCUGGUGCUUGCCGUGUGCGUGCUCUGCGGGCAAGGCAAGAAGACCUACAGGACGCGGGAGGCGAACCUGGAAGAAGACGUCGAGGACAACCUCCAAGUGGGACUCUCUCUCAAUCUCCUUCCUCGAUACGGUUUCCUCACUCUCUCCGUCAAGGUGUUCCCUCACCGCACCGACAACAACUGGCUCUUCCGCGAGCAAACGGCCAAGGUCUUCCAGAAGAACUCGUACUGGGCCACGACCGACCGACCGCGGCGCCGGCAGCAGCACCUCUACCGACAGCAGCAACCCCAGGGCAACGGCAACGAGCAGCAGAACGCGACCCGACGCGGCUACGACCAGUACUUCUACAUCGACUUCUGCGACGACGCGCAGGACCUGCUCACGGCCUACUUCGACAACUUCUACAUCGAGGGCGUCCCGGAGCCCAAGCGCGCCUUCACCAGCUCGCUCUCCACCAAGACCAAGGCGCAGCACCUGGGCAUCCACCCGACCUUCCUCAACGACCAGUACUCCUUCGUCCUCGUCAGGCUCUUCAGGAGGGCGCGCAGGGCCACGCUUGCCGGUGACUUGACUCUCUCGGGUGACUUCAAGUCGACGGUGAGCGAAGUCCGCGUGGGCUCGACGGAAUCGGUCAACCAGUUCAUAGAUCGCUACGGCACCCACGUCAUAACGGAGUAUGAGGUCGGCGACGUCAUGUACCAGGUCUACGUCUUCGGGGAGAGGACCUACGCCGAGCUCAAGGAUAACUUCGCGAUGAGUCAGAGCAGCAGCCAGAGUGAUCUCAACCGAAUGGAGAGGUACUUCACGCCAUAUUACGCCCUUCACGUUGGCAAGCUUAGAUUGGCCUCAGGUAACCCAGAAUUCGACAAGGUUGUGGGAGACGAGCUGAAGGCCAUGACGUUCUUCCGAGUGUACCACAGUAUAUUCGCCAUCUUCCAGAAACAAGAGCUGCAGAGGGCGCUGGAGCAGUUGGAGGGCGAGGUCGUCCUCAGCCUCAAGUUGGAGAAGAUCACCAAGAUUGUCCCAAAGUCUCCCAAGCGCCACUGGCUGAGGGAGGUGCUGGAUAACACCCUCAAUCUCUAUUAUGUUACCAUGUAAACAAACAGUACAGCAAUGCAAAUUGUAAGCAACAAACACGGCCUGAAAGUAUACAAAUAGAAGUUCUUAUGGUACCAAAACAAGAGCCUAAUCUAAACAACAAACACCUGUGGCACUGGAAAGGAACAAAAUCAUCUCUUGGUUUAAUGGUGCUCAGGCAUAUUUCUUGCUCGCCUUCUAGAUCCUCGUGCAGCAAUGGGUUUUUGCAAUACUUAGUAUUACUUACAUUUAAGUCAUAGCUAACCUAUUUUCGUGUAUUUGUUAGCGGCUUUUUUAGUUUGUCUAGUGUUACAUACCAAGCUGGUUGUUAUCUAUAAAUCGCAAGGUCUGCCACAACGCUGCAUGUCUUUAAAGUGCCUUAUUAUAUUGCACGUGUGGUUUUCAGACCCACAGUCAGGGUGAGAGUAUGUAAUAUAUAUAUAUAAUUUUUUUGCUACUAAGUAGCAAGCCUUAUUCACUGUUAUUCAUUGGUUUCUUUAUUUCUCAUACAUGAUUUUUUUUCCCUGUGGAUUCCAUGCCUAAUAUAUAUUUGAUGUUUGUAGUGAUUGUGGUGUGUUAUGUGAUGCGUGCUUAAGAUGACUGUCUAAAUCCCUGAUUUGAAAUGUUCAAUAGUUUAAAAGUGAGCGUGUUUCAUACCUCUUUCCAGGACUAAUGUAAUGGGUUUUUAACUGUUAAUUGACUGUUGAAUACAUUCCCUUCAAGAAAUGAUAAGUUGUUAAAUAGAUAAAUACUGCCUCAU